GUUUUGCCGGGAACAGACGAGGCCGCGAGCGUCCCGCCAUAUUGGCGUGAGGCAGUUGGGUCGUCAGGUAUUCUUCGGUUGAGCACGUUUCGGAGGGUUGAUAUAGCGGCAAGGCCCAUGGGUCGUCGAUUCUCUACAGCUGUCGAGCCUCAAUUGAAAUCUUGCGUUCACAGUCUCUUCGUGCGCAUCUCGUCUGUCAAAGUCCCAACACCGCGGCGUACCAGCGACUACACCACAGCGCACAUCUCAUCAUGUCCCACGGCCACAGUUCAAAUGCCACAGUUCUGGGUGCUGGCGAGUGCCAGAUGGAGAUGCUCUGGAACUGGCGCAUCGUCGACUCCUGCUUUCUCUCUGGUUCCUGGCACGUAAAGAACAACGCGAUGUUCGCUGCUACCUGCAUUGGUGCUGCCAUGCUGGUCGUAACCCUCGAGUUUCUCCGUCGCGCCAGCACUGAAUGGGACGCAUACCUCCUGCGAUCAUUUCAACGUCAAUUGCGCAUCCAACAAGCGGCACUUGCUGCAACACCACUGUCCAACUGUUGCGAUGGCCCCUCGUCAACGCUAGGCACCCAGUAUGCUACGUUUCGCGCCACCUCGUUGCAGCAGCUCGCGCGGGCCAUCAUUCACGGAAUCACUUUGGGCGUCGCAUAUCUCCUUAUGCUGAUCAUCAUGUCCUUCAAUGGCUGGGUGUUCAUCUCUGUUGUUUUUGGUGCUAUCCUUGGCAAAUUCUUGUGCGACUGGAUGGUUGUCAGGAUCCCGUUCGAGGCUGUAUUCCGUCAGGAGAAGGAUGUACGAAGAUCUUCGGUUGACGCUACUGGACCGACAGGAUGCUGUUCCUGAAACGGAGGCUCGGUUUGGAAGGACACUUAGCAGAUAUGAUACCCAAUUUACGAAUGAACCACAGCUUUUAUCUUGACGACUGCACCCAAGCUCUAUGAUUGAUUGCGGGUUUCUGGGCAAAAUCACCAUCAAUAUGCGAUCCCAUCAAUCAAGACUGGGC